CAGUAAGCAGCAGCGAGCAAGCACUGGAAUCGUGUGCUUUAGGAAGACUUCGACACCAACAACCUUGACAUAUUACUACAAGGCUGCGGGCGCGCAAGUAAACCGAUCCUGACUUUCUUGUCGACUUACUAUCCAGGUCACAGCCAUGGAUUAUAUUCUCCAGAUGGUCUGCUCGCAUUGCGAGGGACGUUUCGAUUUUCCUGCGAUGGACUUUUCACACCAUUUUUCCACGCCAAAAACAUCAGAACGAGAGGUGCCUUGAUAUUGCACCCGGUCUCUGCGAAAGGGACAGGAAAGAAAUAAAGCACUGAAAAUUAUCACACGGAAAGCGAAAUCCAGAACUCAAAAAGUUCUGUUCGAUAACGUCGACAAACGGCAAAAAUGCGGCUCGAAGCCGCCGCCUUGUUGGCCUGUUCGGUCCUGUCAUUUGCAUUGACAGUGCCUUUGAAACCCAGGUACAUCAAGCCAGAACAUGGAGUCAAAAUGAAGAGAGUUAUCCUCGAUGCACCGAUGGACGGUGGUGGCUUUGUGGUUGUGGGCACACCUGCAUUCCUCAACUAUGCGGAUGCGAACAGGGAGCGGAUCAAGAAGGCAAGCCCGGGUGCUAAUGAUCGUCAGGUGGAGGAGCUCAUCGACAAGGACUGGGAGAAGCUCAGUCCUGAAGCCAAGGCCGAAUGGAAGGACAAAAAGCCUGACGGCCCAGGGGCAACAGCAGGUGGCUCAGGGAUAACUCCUCCAAAGGUGUCAAAUAUCACGAGCUCUUCGGGCUCAGCGAUGCGGACUCCAACUUUCGGAGCGGGGAGAAACAAUACCAUAACUUCUGCAUCCACAUCCACAUCAACAAGGACUUCUUCAAGCUCACAGACACCCCCGACAAUCACACCAGCGCCAGAUCUGAAGCCUGGAGGCGCCGGCGGACCCGCUGGGCCAACCUCGACCAGCACACCCUUCAAAAACAGUACAUCGAGCACGAGCACAAGCACAAGUUCUAGCUCCACAAGUACCUCUAGCUCGUCUACAUCCACACAACCUGGAUCUACCUCUACGAGCACCAAGACCUCACCAACGCAGCCGCCCCAGAAUGGACCGACUGGCACUCCCGCCAAACCAGAGCCUAAGCCCGGUGACCCUCUCAAACCCGAGGGAGAUAAGAACGGUGUUGGAACCCCCUCUGGAAACCCUGGAGCUGGUGCUGGCAAUGGACCUGCACAGAUGCCUCCUAUAGACGUGAAUAAAAUUGGCCUCGAUGGUAUCCCGCAAGGUCUCCCUGGCUCCUGGAAGCCGGAACUCCCCCAAGACUUGAGCCCCAUCAAGCCGGCCCAGCCUGUUCCUAAGUCGCCUGGUUCUUUACCUGGCAGCAAACUUCCUCCUUCCGGGCCUAUUUCUAAACCGAAUCCUGAUGGGCUAGACAACAAACUGCCUCCUGCUGGUCUCGACAACAAGCUGCCACCUGCUGGUCUCGACAGCAAGUUGCCUCCUUCAGGGCCUGACAACAAACUUCCUCCUCCUGGGCCUAUUGAUAAGCCGCAUCCUGAUGGGUUCGACAACAAACUGCCUCCUGCUAGUCUCAACAACAAACUUCCUGCAGAUAUCAAGGUCAAUCCAGUCCGAGGUGGUCCGCUUGAUCCUACAGCAAAACCCAAACCUGCACCAAUAGGAGGCUUGGGUGACGACAACUUUAUGACGAAUCCUCCCUUUGGAGGUCCUGCCGCACCAAAGCCAAAAGGCCCAUUACCUGGUCCUCUCGACGAUGGAGGAUCUAUAAUUCUCACGCCAGUUAUUGUGGUGGGUCCACCUCACAUCGACGGCCCGCUUGGUGGUCCACCUCGAGGCAUCCCAGGGAACCCAGGUGGGAUGAUGGAUGACGACGACCAUGACCAAAUGCCAUUCGGCCAUCCCGGCAAGCCAAAGGGUAGAGGCUCAUCCCCCAGCUCGCAUAAGGGCCCCCACGGCAGGAAACGACCGGGCCCGGUGGUGAUUGGGGAAGAUAUCCCGGUCACGCUCGAGGACCACGACGACGCACCGCUGGGUAGGACGCAAAGAGGCAAGCCGACGCGCAGCGGCGAUCGAGAGGUUGUGCUCGAGGAUGGUGACCUGUUAGAUGGGCCUCUCCCCGGUCCGCGCGGCGGCAGGAAGAACCAGGGCGGACCGGGUCUCAUCACUGUUGAUAUAAUCGACACGACGAAGCACAGCAACUGGCGCAGGGGCGAGAGGGCUCAACGGGUACGGAGACGAGAGGUCUCGGCAGUGUCUGACGACAGGAGGCAUGUUCGCCACCAGAACAUGAAACGCGAGCAGCAACAACAGCAGCAGUAACAGAAUGGACAUGUAUUUGCUCGUGAGUAGGGAUGAAGGGUAUUGGGAAACAGCGUGGGCGUUCGGAUUCUUUUCAGUUUGAUUUUUCAUCUUUCUUGUAUAUGUAUACCUUCUUUGCUGACAUUGGCCAAGUUGCUUAGGUCAAAGGCACAAUAACCUUCAUUCGGCUUCGCCUUGCUCUCAAGUAUUCCAUCAUGCCUCUUUUCAGUAGUUUGAAGUGUACUCGAAGACAACUGACCGGUAAGAUCAGUGAAAGCAAGGCGUCCUUUGCUGACGGGAGAUUCUCGGUCAGAUAAGCUUUACUCCAUCCACGGGACGCAAUCAAACGUUGAAUAGAAACACCACACCUCUAUUGAAAGACGCAAGAGCGUUGUCUAUGUUGUCCACCGAAUUAUGUGGUCACAGUGCAUCAUCCCACAGCGAAGAAAGGAAUUCGGCGUGCCAGUCACAUCCACGAAGCUGCGAUCCUACCCUGAUAAGAGCCCACGCGCUGCAGUGCUGGGACGUACCAGGCUCGAGUUGAUGUUAUUCUCAGCGUCUGUUGUUGCGUACCGUCGUCACAACGGCACAUAGGCUAAACACGGCCCUUGGCCUUGACAGAUGCAGAUCGAGGUUAAUUGCUGGAGCUUCACUGCUGCACACGCCGUUCCCCCGCAUGCUUCUUUGCUUGCGGGCAUAAAAGAAGCACCGGGAUCACAACCGAGACCAAUAAGAAGCCAAGCUCAUACCAUUUUGCAAAUGCUAUUUGGCGACUACGAAAUUUGCUCUGGACCAUGCAUUGUGUAACAUUGGGCCCCAACACUUCGGGAAGCCCUCUCAAACUUUAUAUGCGUAGGUCUUGCUGAUCGAGCCGCCAUAGUCGACAAGACGGGGAAGUCACGCGGUAACAUUUUAUCCAGACCCGACAAUCUGGAAUGUGCAAUUCUGCUAUUGGGGUCCAUGAAAAUCAGUAUACCGGGGAAAGCAGAAGAUGGAGAUGAUUCUGAGGCAACACAAACUGAGCUUACCGCACAUGCAAAGCCGACGGGAUUCAGGAGUCAGCUGCCGUUGGGCCGGAAACCCAUGCCCAUUGAAGCUUUUGGCAUUUACCGCGACUAGAAUAGUUCGCAAGAGAUCCUGACACGAAUUACUUUCGUACUUGACGAUACUAGCGGCGAUUUGAGAAUUAAGCUCGAAAACGGUCUGGUUGGCAAAGCUUGGAGAACUGAAUACAAGCAGCUUGGUUACAGGCAUACCAGUACACGUCCAGCACGCUGCUCCGAAGACGGAGUUGAUCGCAGCACCACGCGAGCAAAGUUUGACCAAGGAACGGGAGAAGCGUGAGAUACCAAGCCUUGGCCUCAACCCUUAUUGGCUUUGUGGUUCGAGCCAUUACGCUAAAGCGGCAGCAAACAUUAACCCCAUCGAGUCAUUAACAAAUAGUGGCCAUGUGCUGUUUACCCCAGGAUCUCAGUCAUUCCCCAGAAUCCAAGAUGUUAUCCCCACAUUCACGAGCAAAGAAUGAACUUCCAUUUGCUUGGCGUGGCCUUUUUGAAUGCCAUCGUCUAAAAAGCUCUCAGGGAACCAAAAAAGAUACUGACCCCUAUCGCGAUGCCCACUGCUAUGCAAUUUCACAACAGUCCAUGCCAAACAAAAAUCCCAUCAGUGACUGUGCCGUAGAAGCACGGUGAGACUGCUCGUUUGUACACACCUUCAACCUAGCCACCCACUCCUUCCCCAGACCCCCAAGACCAGCACGGCUCGGCAACAUGUCA